AUGGAGGACAUCGAUAGAUGUGAGGAAGAGCUUAUUGAGUAUGCCAUUCGAGAGAGUAUUCGAGAUUUUGUCCCUGACUUUGUUUACCCAUACCUCAACAGCAUGCCAACAGUCAGUGGUGACUAUCUGAGGAUAGUGACUGCCAUUGAGCAAGGUGAUGUGUAUACCCUGCAGGAGCUGUCUGGGUUGCAGGCUUUCACAGAGAGGGACAGCAGAGGGUGGCUUCCCCUACACAGAUCCGCCGUGCAGUCCCAGGAACAGGUCUUGGAUCAGGUCCUGCUGGCUUCCUGUGACGGGACUGUGGAUGAUGUGACUGCAGACGGGGACACAGCGUUGAUUCUGGCUGCUCAGGAGGGUCUGCUGGAGAAUGUCAGGACUCUACUGCGGCAUGGAGCGUCUCCACACAAAACCAACAGCCUGAAUGAGUCCCCACUGCUGCUUGCGGUGAGACAGGGAUCAUAUGAGAUGGUGUCCACUCUGAUCAAUUGUGGGGCCUUCGUGGAACAGGUGUGUCUGAAGAAGUGGAUGGCCAUCCACGAGGCAGCCAAGGUGGGCUGCAGUGCCAUCCUGGUGCUUCUGCUGAGACAUGGGGCCAAGGUGACAGCUGUAGAUGGGCACAAUGUCACCCCGCUGGGCAUCGCAGCAGAGUACGCCCAUGCCGAGGUCCUGGAUAUACUCAUAAAGAACGGUGGCGACGUGAACGCCCAGGCAUAUAACGGAGACACUGUUCUGUACGAUGCAGCCGGCUCAGGGAACCUGGACUGCAUAUACCUCCUCCUGCAAGCUGGAGCCAACCCUAACAUUGCCAGUGUGGCCUGCCGGCUGCCCAUACACAGAGCUGCCUAUGAGGGACACAUCCUUGCUCUGAGGACCUUCAUCCCCAUCACCACUAAGAGGGCCAUCCGUCUGUCUGGCCAGAGCCCAGUCCACUCUGCAGCAGAUGGGGGCCAUGUUGACUGUCUGGAGUUGCUCAUAGAGAAAGGCUUCGACGUCAACGCUCAGCUGGACGCACACAUCUCAGAGAGCUACGGGGACAUGAGGCGGAGUCCACUCUACUUCGCCGUAUCCAACAGUGAUGUCACCUGCACAGAGAUGCUGCUGGCCGCUGGGGCCAAAACUGACAUCGACCCGCUACGCUGCUUCCUGGUGGCUGUACGUGCUGGGAGGUAUGAGCUGGUACGUCUGCUAUUGUCCAGGGGUGCCGAAGUCAACUGCUACUUCAGAAUGAUCAGUGACACACUGUUUCCCACCGCGUUGCAGUACUGUCUCAGAAAUCACAUGAUUCUGCGCCUGCUGCUCAACAACGGCUACGACGUAAACAAGUGCUUCCUGUGUAACCACGGCAACGGACAGGAUAUGGACUGCGACUCCUGGGUCGACUACCAACAUAACCAUAGAAGAACUUUAUUUUAUAACCAGGACUACAGAGCCUCGGUAAGUCAUUUAGACCUAUUCCUGUUCUGUGAAAUCAUCUCCCUGUCGUCGGUGGUCAACCUGGCAGGGAGUGUGGUACAGAUGCUUCUGGACUACGUCAGACACCCACGUGUCUGCCCCAACCUCCUACGGGUCCUGGAGAAACAGAAAGAGUGGCCAGACAUCUGUGACAUUCUGGGCAACCCUCGGUCCCUGCAGCACCAGUGUCGUUUGGUCAUUAGGAGACAGAUGACCCCUAGGAGACUGAAUGACCCACAGGUCAUGGCUGCCGUACCGUUCCCCCCGUCACUCAAACACUACCUCACCUACAGGGAGGACGACAAGUAUGGUGGGUUGGAAGCCUCACACUCAUAACUGGACUAUAUCAAUGAGAACAUAUUUAGAAGAACAAAAAGAAGAACAAAAUGAUCCUGUUCUGUGCAUAACUGAUCAAUCACAUUAUGCUGUUUCUCAUGAAUAAUGCUUUAGUUCAUAUAUUUACGCUUAUAUGAAGUAUGGCAAGUGUUCUUGUGAUGUAAUGUUUGUAAUAACUACAAUUCUUUUCACACUGAUUUAUGUUCUCUGAAUAGUGUGAAUAUUCCUUAUCAUAGUACUGCUACUUUUACUAGACUGCAUACAUUAGACAGCACAUCUGUACCGCAUGGUACAGUGCAUGUAGUGUGAUCUACUCCUCAAGAUCUCCCCAUGGGAAAAGCAGGUCAGGUCUAUAAAUAACUCUCUGAGAACGCAUUCAGUUUGUAGUAGGGCUAAACACUCACUGGACACUGGUCUGAAUGACUCUGCUGCAAUGGACUGUUGACUUUAACAGUGACCCUGACACCUACCUGACUCAUAAGACCAGGGUUUAAAUCUAGAGAGACCUAGAUCUAGACAACAGCUCAUCCAUAUUAUACCCUCAAAGUUCUGGGAGCUAGUUGUGUUGUCACUAGCCCCGUUUAUACCUGGUGCUAACAUGCAUUCUUUGUCCUGAUCUUGUCCACAUUCUGAUUGUGCCCACAUUUUUAGACAGGUGUAGAAGAUUAAAAGACGUAUUGUGAUCUGAUUGUGAUCAGAUUUCCCUGACAACCUUCGGAGGUAGUCAGGCUUGCAAGUGUAGACAGAUCUGGACAGUGAAACCAUUUAAAUCAUCAUUAUCCAGCACUCUAAAAUCCUUAACAAGAUGGAGCAUUGACUUAUGGCAUCAAUAUGAGUCUUAAAACCUCUCUGGGUACUUGCCAACAGCCAGUGAAAUAGCAGAGCACCAAAUU